CCGGAAAGGUCGGUGCUAGGGGGAGCUACUAUCGCGGGAAAAAUGGCGGAGAUGUGGGGUUUCUGCUUUUUCACGUUACUGAGCACAGCAGUUGAAAACAUUGCCUAAAUCUCGCCCAUAUUUUGUCUUCAUAUAUUCUGCAAACCUGUCAAUAUGAUGGACAAUCAAACGGCACCUCAAGGAUCCUCAGUCAGGUCAUACCAAUGUAGUCAUUGUGUCCUCAUCUUCAAAACCAAACUUUUCCUUUUGGAACACCUCAGCAAUGUGCAUGGUUUCAAUGUGGAGGCUGCUCUUAAAGAUGCUGGCUUAACAUCCUUUGGAAUUGACAAAUCAAGUGGAGUUAGUCGUGAGGCUAGCAGUGAAAGAUCUAGGGAGAGAUUUGUCUGCCAGCACUGUGAUUUUGAAGCUUAUAGUUGGGACAUCAUUGUGCAACAUGAGAAAAAGUGUCACAAGUUAAAAGAAGAUCUAAUCUUUUAUGAGAGCGAGGAGAAGAAAUUAGAGCUCAGUUUGGGAAACCAAUAUGUGAAAACAGAAGAAGAAGAAGAAAAAGAGACUUCAUUCUUAGUUAAGGGUGCCUCCAAAAUGGUCUGCACUUCUGUCUCAUCAAGAGAUCUGAAAGCCUCCAAGAAACGAUCAGAAAAUGGUACCAAUUUCUUGGACAAAUCAUUUGCAUCAAAUGAGAACUCUGAAAAUAGGGACUCGCCAAAUAACCAAGAGCUUCCUGAUGGUCUCCAAGGAACCCUAAUACUCCAGGACUCUCAUUCAAACUCUCAUAUGAACAGUGACGGUGUGUUUAAAGUCACUGCAACCUCCAAGAAUGACGGCUCCACACCACACUCCUAUUGCUCCUUUCUAAAUGACCACCUAUUAAACAGAAAGUCUUCAUCUCCGAAGUCUGAGAGAAAGUUCAAAGAACCAUUUCCAAACCAAGUAGGGAAGAGGACCAGUAUAGAAAGUUCAAGAUGUUCUCCUGCAAAAAAAACCAAAUUGGAUGAUGGGACUAAAGUGAGCAAAUGGCAGUUGGCAAGUGACACAGCAUUUUCAUACAAAGGUGGUGAAAAUGAUGAAAGGAAAGUCGAUAUGUUGCAUGAAGAAACAAAAAACCCAACAGUUUACGUUUGCAAGCACUGUAAGUACAGUGAUGUUUGCAGCCAAAGAAUGUUGGCCCAUUAUCAGACCAAGCAUCCUUACGUAAGAUGUAACACUGAGUACAUUCAGAAUCAGGUUGAUCAAAGUGCAACAUUCUGCUGCCUGGAGUGUCCAUUUGAGUGUUUUACUAUAUCUUUCCUUGAAGAACAUUAUAUGGAAAAUCACCCAGUGUCUCUUAAGAGUAUCAUUUCACAGUGUAAGGAAGCCAAAAAUGCACCUUCACCACAACAUUCCACCUCAAAAGGAGUGGACAUGGCCUUGUAUCAGUGCGUCCAUUGCAGUUUUAGUCAUAGGUCUGUUGUUGUUAUGCAUGUUCACUACCAAAAAAGCCAUCCAGAUGAAGUAGUUACAAUUGACAAAAUCAAACAUUCAGCUCAAGCCUUGCCAAAACCAAAAUUACAGAUGACCCCUGAAAAGAUUUUGGAACCCCCAAGCUGUAAUGACAACAUAACAGCAAUGGACAAUUCACCCUCUGAGGAUGAGGAAUCAGAUUAUUCUGAGAGCACAAGAGACAAAAAUGAAACACCACACAAGACUCCAUUGCCUUCAUUAAAGCUGAACCUCAAACCUGAAGCUCAGAAGGAUCAUUCAGGGUCUUCAACAAAACGGAAUAGAGAGUUUGAAGAGGACAAUAGUGAAAGCUCACUACCUGCCAAACGAAAAAGAAGAUCAUCUACUCUGUUGAGCAGCUUAUCCUUCAUUCCCAACAUUAACAUGUUUUACUGCCAGUUUUGCAGUUACUGCAAUACCAAUGUAAAAAGUGUUCUUGGUCAUCAUAAUGCAAAGCAUUCUACACACAAAGUAGUUACUACUGAUGAUGUUGUACAGUAUAGUGUUGAGGUGCAGAGUAGAAAACCUCAAAGUGAAGCCGAGACCUCGGCAGCUUCUACAGCCUCUGAUGCAAGUACAGUGAAUAAAGUUGUGCUAAAUUGCGAAGCAAAACUUCAACAACAACUUGAUGGCAAAGAUACAUUGGAAAGUGAAAUGAAUCCUUAUGCACGUGCAGAAGACUUGUUUUACUGCCAGAAGUGCAACUUUGCGCAUAUAAAUGUAAGAGGAGUACUGAAACAUCAAUCGAAGUUGCACCCUAACCUUCAAGCGCACACUGAGCAGAUUCUCACACAUACACGUAUGAUUUGUGCUGACAUUAAAAAAUCAAAAUCUCGAGCAGAGAAGUCAUUCUCUUCGACUGGACUGCCACUGCCUCUUUUUAAUGCAGACGAUGAGUCUAAGUUGUUCUGCUACCUUUGUAACUUUCGACAGAAGACCGUGAAGCGGGUGUUGCAACAUUUCAUCAAAAGUCAUUGUGGACUUAAACAUGAUACCAAACAAAUCCAUUUGUAUUCUUCUUUAGUCCACAAAAAGAUUUGUAAAUCACAUCUGGAAACAACUGAAAAUCAAGAAGUCAAGCUGGAAAUUGAUGAGAAAGCAGGAAAUGAAAAGGCUGACAUGGAUACAUCUGGAAAGUCUGCUUCAGUUUCCCCGUCACAGUCAUCUCCACAAACACCAAAGAGUAUCCAGUGCAACAGGUGUACAUACAGCACUCAGUACCCAUACCUGUUAAAGCGACACAUAAAGAAAAUCCACAAGUCAAAUCGCACAAUCACAUCUAUUUAAAUGGGUUUUAGACAAAGAGUUUUACAAUCUGGAUAUCACUGUGAGAUGUGUGUUUUCUCUCACAAAAAAGCAGCAGUGGUCUAUCGGCAUCUUAAGGACCUCCAUCCAGGACGUGGAGUAACCCUAGAGUAUGUAAUUACUCGGUUAUGCGUGGGUCUCCAACAGUCCCCUCGUAAAAAAAAUCAAAAUUCUAAAGACACUGAUGGUAUUGGUGACUGUGACAACUCUAAUGAGCAAUGUGAAGAAAGCAAAACAAAGAUCUACUCAUGCAAAGCAUGCUCCUACAAAGGUAGCUCAUUGUCAAGCAUGACAAGCCAUUACUGGGCUGUUCAUCCAUGGUCUGUGAAGGAAGACGGCUCAAUUCUGGAUGUCAUUAACAGCAUGAAGCAAAGUGGAAACCAUCAGGAAGACCACACUUCAAGUGAUAUGAACAAAGGUCCUCUGGACUCGGAAGUGCCUGAUGUUUCGUCUCAGGCAAGUGAAUCUUCAGGGUUGAACAAGUGCCAUUUUUGUUCCAUGACCUUUCAAACACAGCGCGGUCUGAAUAUUCACUGUAGCUUGAAACAUUCAGAAGCUCAAACUGAAAGUGUGAAUGAACCAGAAGAAGAAAGCCACCAAAGUGAAGAGGCUGCAGGUCUGCACAUCUUUCAAUGUCCAUAUUGCACCUAUGUGAACACCAUUUAUCAAGGCAUUCUCACUCACUGCCAGAUGAUGCAUUCUGACUGCACAGCCAGGGCGGAAAGCAUUCAGCUUGAUGAAACACGGUUACCCAAUGUCAAAUUUCUGCAAAAGACGUGUCCUGAUGGUCGAACGAAAUUUUGUGGGUACAUAUGUAAGAAUUGUCCAGAAGUCUGUGAGUCGUCCAAGAAACUGAAAGCCCACAGUGAAAAGUUGCACAGUGAGGUUGUCUCAAACAUGCGGAACUCCACCCCUGUGCCUUCAAUGAGUGAUGUAAAACUGUCUGACUGUCUCAACACUCAGGGCUCAAAGUUGCCGCCUGCUGUUUUCAAGAAGAAAAAAUAUGUAGCGCUCAAGUGCAAGUAUUGCAAAUACACUACCAGCACAAAACUUACCUUAAUUCGACACGAGAGCCGUCACCACAAAAAUGCACCCGCGGUUGAUGAUACAGAAAGUAUGUACAAGUGUCAACUGUGUUCUGAUUUGUUUUCCAUGAAGCAUAAUCUUGGAUGUCAUUAUACCAAGAAACAUGGAAAGCUUGCCUUCCUGAAAUACUAUGCACCCAUAUACCAGCAGCACCAAAAGAAACCAGUUGUAACAUCUCCAGACAGCUCUGUAGCAGAGCAACCAAACGCCUCCCCUGAAACAUGUUCAUCAAGCACACCAACAGAAGAAAAAAAGAUUGUUUACAAAUGUCCACGUUGUCCCUACAUGAACACGAGUCACCACGGAACCAUGACUCACUGCCAGAUACUACACUCUUCCUUUGUAGCCGCAACAGACAAUCUGCAAACUGAAGAAGUUCUCACAACCAAGUUGGUCAAGUGUAAGAACCCAAAAGGUUCUAAUAGAUGUGGGUAUGCAUGUAAAAUAUGCCCAGAAAUCGUACCUUCAAUAAAGAAACUGAGAAAACACUAUGAGAAGGACCACAGCCAGACUCUGUCAAACGCAAUCAAGUCAAUGCCUAAACAUUCAGUUGUCAUUAAAAAACAGCUUCUUUCAAAGUACCGUAACCCUCAGCGCACAGUUUCUAAGGCAACCUUUUUCAAAAACAAAAAAAUUAGCCUUAACCACUCCUUGGACCUUCAGAAUAGAAAUGCAUCUGGGACAGUGGAUCGUGAUUCUCCAUACACGUGCACUUUGUGUGGUUAUUCCUCUACAGCGUUGAGGCAUCUUAGAAUCCACUGUACUCAUAAACACGGAAAGGAUGCCAUCUUAAAAUGUGCACCACAAUGCAAUGAGAAUCUGCUUGAAUCACCCGCUGCAAAAGAUUCUCCAUCUCCGGAGUCAGAAAGUACUACUGAGACGUGCAAGUUGGACAUGACGACAAUGAGAGUUGAAUGCAGAAAAUGUCCCGACGUAUUCUUCGACACAUUUCAGCUACUGAGUACACACUAUGUUACAUUUCACAGUUCAGAUCGCAAAUCAGACUUCAUUAUAUUACCACGUGAAUCAAAGACCAAAAGAACUUAUAAAUGUGGUUACUGCAAGAAAACACUACACGGGACUAGAAAGUUGUCUCGCCACCUGGAUCACCACAGAGAGUUGAACAUCAAGAAACCAAAUGAUGGAAAGGCAAAAGCACCUCUUAUUUCUGAGACCGAACCAGAGGCACAGUAUGUUGAAUUCAAGGUGCAAGAUGAACUGCCCACAUUUGAGUCAGUAUCAGACAUGAUUAAAGCUGCUCCAGUGGAACACAGUAAAAGCAAAGACUCCGACUCUCGAUCUCUAGCAUCAAGGUCCCCAUCACCCUCUAGCCGCGAAGAUGAAGGGAAAUCGCAGGAAGAUAAACACACAUGCAAGUACUGUGGGCGGACAUAUGUGUUCCUGUCAUGUCUGCGUAUGCACGAACGCAGCCAUGCAGCUGUGGCUGCUCUCAACAGACAGGACAGCCUACGCACGUCAUUAAAGCUUGACACCUUCAGCAAAUACAUCCUCUAUAAAACAGGUCAUACCCGUCCAUUCUCAUGUGGCAUCUGCUCCUACCGGACAACUGUCAUUGGCCUAUUGAAGAGUCACUUUGUGAAAAAACAUGGAGAUGUUGUUAUGGAUCUUGGUGGGACUAAAGACCAAAGUGAGGAGAGCAAUCAAAUGGCUGAGGAGAAGUCUUGUUCAUCAGUGGAAGUCAACAGUUUGAGUGAUCUGGAUGAAGAAGCUGAAGACACUGAAAACUCUCAGUACUUGGAGCCCCCAGAUGUACAGCGGCAGUUAAACCAGUACAGCCUGAUGGCACAGGCCAGUGCCACAGCUAACAUGAACCUGCAAGAAACCAGGUUCUUUGAAGACAGCCUGCUUUACUGUGAGUUCUGCAAUUUCAGUACUGAGCACUUGUCCAGUAUACGACGACACUACGUAAAUCGCCACGGAAAGAAGAUCCACAAAUGUAAGGACUGCUGCUUUUAUACUGGCUUAAGGAAUAAACUGGAAAGCCACAUGGCACAUGGUCAUUCUAUCUGGCAGUCGCAACCUACUCAUAAGAAGGAUCUACAUUGCCCUUUCUGCCUGUACCGAUCCAAGAAUAAAAACAACAUGAUUGAUCACAUCGUCUUGCAUCGCGAUGAACGGGUAGUGCCAAUAGAGGUACGUAGGCCAAAACUUUCACGGUACCUACAAGGCCUCAUCUUCCGCUGUCACAAGUGCACUUUCACGAGUGGGACUGUUGAGAACCUGUGUGAGCACAUGAAGAGGCAUGAUGACGUCAAACCUUUCAGUUGUCGGUUGUGCUUCUUCGACUGCAUUCAUCUCAGUGACUUGGAGGCACAUCUGUGUGAUAAGCAUCAGGUUAUGAGGAAUCAUGAGCUGGUUGGUCAGAUCAGCCUCGAUCAGCUGGCGGCAAGAGUUCGGAAAAUGUCUGAAGAAGACGAACCUUUGUCUAACCCAAAAGAGCUCGGAGACAUGGAAAUGGAGAUGAAUGAACAGUGGCAGGAUGUCGUGGGGAAAACGACAACGGAAGAGAACUGUAUUGCACAUUAUGAUGGAGUUCUACAUCAAGCAAAAGAUAAGAACGUAGAAGAAAAUUUCACCUGGAACCUUGCACCACAGGAUGACGAUCCAUAUCAGAAGCAGGUGGAGCUCAGCAAACCUGCUGAGAGCUGUUUUUCAAGGAUCCAUUGUGAAAAUGAUGCAACACCAAGCGCCGUUGUACAAAUAAGGCUUGGGCCGCAUUCACGAGACCGAGAAAGGACUCGAGUGUUGACAGCCACUGUAAAAGAACACAACAGGGAACGGAACAAACCAGAGGAUGACAAAUCAAAGCAAGAAAGAAUGCGAGAUGCAGUGAAGGAAGAAUGGAUGGAUGGGAGUCAGGAGCAACCCGAAGAGCGAAAUGAUGGUGAUGGCAUAUCACAGCCAACAGAGGAGGCAGCAGGAGGGAUUUCAUCUAAAUACCAUAAAAGGGUUGAACCAGAAGGCGCCUCUGAGACAUAUCAUGGACUUCAGAAUAGAACAGUUAAGACAGAACCAGACCUGGAGACUGAGGUAGAGGAGGAUAUAUUGCGUCAAAUCCUGUUGUUGGACGAAGACGCCAGCCUCCACAAUCUCCAUACAAAUGGUGUUCACUGCAGAACAAUUAAGGUGGAGCAGGAUAUUGAGAGCAGUGUUGAAGAUAAUGAUCUGCAUCAAGUUUCAGAGCAUGUAGAGCAUACCAACCCCAAAAAACAAUGUGAACAACUAACAACAGCUACCACAAAAAACAUCAGGGUUCAAGAGUGUUUCACAGUUGAAAAGCACUGGCUGUCUGCUGGCGUGCACAACUGUGAACUAUUUAAGAAAAGCCACCAGAAGCGAUGUGACCAUGAGAUCUUGGGCGUCUCAUUUACAAACCGUAAGGAGGAACAAGUUAUUGGUCAGAAGGACGGGGGAGAGCUCACAGAUCCAUACGGAGAAAUGCCCGUACUUGAGAAUGAGUAUGUUAGAGAGGAAAUGUACCUUUUUGGACAGAACCAGGAGGAAGAAGUAAACAAUCGUUUUCAACAAAAGCCGACCAGAGAAGAGGAGAUGAACAGUGAUGAUGACAGAAGGUCAUGUAAGGAUUGGGGCUACAAGGAAGGAGUAACGAUGAAGGAAGUUAGCCGAGCCGCAGAUGGUGCUGCUGAUGUCACGUGCCCCUUGGCUGAAGCGUUUAUCUGCAAGUUUUGUGGGCGAAAUCUCCUGAACAGCUCUGAACUUGAACGACACACAAUGCGCCACGGAUUGUAACUGUUGAUUCAGAGGUUUUCUCAUCCUGUGAUUAACUGAUAGAUUUUUAAAAAGAUAUUUUUUACUUAGAUUAUUUUGCAGCAGGAGAUCCAAUGCAAAUUCCAUCCUUUUUUUUUUUAACAUUACAAGUCAUCCUUAUGAAUAUUUAGUCAAACUGUUUAUGAAAGAUGUUUUUUACAUUUUAAAAGUUUUGUAACUGUUUUUGGAAAAGCUAUGUGGUUUCAUUCAAAUUUCAGAACCAAUAUAUCUGUACAUAGCAUCUGAUUCAUUUCUUACAAGGUCUUACAUUUACUUCUUGUGUCAGCUACGACAUAACCAGUUGAAUAACAUGUAAAGGUCCUUGUUUUAGAUUGUUUGUUGCUUAGCUGGACAGAGCCAUAAAUCAGUUACUACUGUGAAAACAUACAAAUAUGCACAUAAAACGUCUUGGCUUUAAAGUGUUAUCUCCAAAAAGUAUAUGUAUUUUUUUUUCCAUUUAACUCGUAUUUAGUACUGAAAGCUUGAACAACCUUAUUACCACUGCUUAAAGAUGAGGCUUGUGUUGCCUUUAGGUACUGUUGGGUAUUUGAUCAAGUUGGUAUUGCUAUAAACCAAGAUGCUCAGCAAUUCCACCAGUGUAUUAAGCCAGAGUAUCUUCUUAACGGUGUUAAUUCCACACUCCAUGAAGUAGUUCCCAUGUUCCUUAUUCUCUGUUAGUCUUGCACUGUAUUGUCUGUAAAUGUUUGAAAUAAAAAGAAAGUUUAGCACCAUG